UUAUCCAUUAACCGAGUCGUUGAUCUAGCUAACCAAAGUUCUUGGAGAAUCACGCAGAGGCACUCUCAUAAAGACAAUUAAUUAAAAUAAUUGUGUUUCUCACAGAUCAACUUGCUAUGACACUUGUCAUAUGAUCAUUUGCGAGACGGCUGGGCAGCUCACGAGACGUCACACGCGACUUACUUAUAUUUAAAAUUCUGGGGCAAGUCCUUGAACAGAUGUUUGUGUUUACAUUAUCAGUACAUUCCUCGCACAAAUUAAUCUUUCAUAAGAAUUAUAUUUAUAUUGAAGAAUAAAAGUAAUUCAAAUGCAUCUUAAUAUGCAACUUCUACUGUUAUUACCAAUUAUUUUGAGUGCCAUAAAUACCAGUACAGCAUGGCGUACUUUCUUGAGAGGUCGGAACAAAUAUGGCAAUUUAGGAGAGCCAACAUUAUCAUCUAAAAUAUAUAUGCUUCCUGAGGAGAAAUGGUUUACACAAUAUUUAGAUCAUUUUAAUCCAACCGAUGCCCGUGUUUGGGAGCAGAAAUAUUUUGUCAAUUCCAACUUUUAUAAACCAAAUGGCCCAAUAUUUUUAAUGAUUGGGGCUGAAGGUAUCGCAAAUGUUAAAUGGAUGGUAGAAGGUCAAUGGAUUGAAUAUGCCAAGGAGUUUGGGGCAAUGUGUUUUUAUUUAGAGCAUCGUUUUUAUGGGAACAGUCAUCCUACUCCGGAUCUUAGUGUGAAGAAUUUGAUAUAUUUGAACUCGCAGCAGGCAUUAGCAGACUUAGCAUACUUUAUUCAAAAUAUUAAUAUUGAAUACAAAUUUUCAAAUAACACAAAAUGGAUAGUAUUUGGAGGAUCAUAUGGUGGAUCUCUAGCUGCUUGGAUGCGUAUUAAAUAUCCUCAUUUAGUACAUGGAGCUGUGUCUACUAGUGGACCAUUGUUAGCACAAAUUGAUUUUCAAGAAUAUUUUGUUGUUGUUGCAAAUGCUCUGAAAGAUUAUUCUCAAAAAUGUGUUGACACAAUAGCAGAAGCUUACAGAGAAUUAGGUAUAUUGUUGCGUCAUGUUGGUAGCCAACAGAAAAUAGAAAAAAAAUUCAAAUUAUGCGACCCAAUUGAUCCUGGGCAUACAAAAAAAUUGGACAUUUCCAAUUUGUAUGAAACAUUAGCAGAUAACUUUGCUAGCAUUGUACAAUAUAAUAAAGACAAUCGCCAAAGCUCCCAAACUCUUAAUAUCACUAUUGAAAAUGUAUGUGAUAUAUUAGUAGAUGAGAAAAUAGGAAUACCUAUCGAUAGACUUGCUUAUGUAAGCAACAUGAUAUUAAAUGCCACUAAAGAGAAGUGUUUGGAUUAUAGAUAUGAUAAGAUGAUUCGCGAGCUUCGAAAUACUACUUGGACUAAUGAACAAGCAGAAGGAGGACGUCAAUGGAUGUAUCAAACUUGUACAGAGUUUGGAUUCUUUCAAACUUCAACUGCACAGCCUAAUUUGUUCAGUAAUAACUUCCCAGUAAACUUUUUUGUACAGCAAUGCACUGAUAUUUUUGGACCUAGAUACAAUAUAGAUUUAUUGAACUCUGCUGUGACCCGAACGAAUAUUUUAUAUGGUGGAUUAAAUUUAAAAGUUACAAAUGUAGUAUUUGUACACGGUUCAAUCGAUCCUUGGCAUGUGCUAGGUAUUACGACAUCCUCCAAUCCGCAAGCACCUGCUAUCUAUAUCGAUGGCACUGCACAUUGUGCAAACAUGUAUCCUUCAUCGGAAAAUGAUAUGCCUCAAUUGAAGAAGGCUAGAAUACAAAUAAAAAAUUUAAUUAAAGAAUGGCUAAAAAAUUCGUAUAAUAUACACACCAUCGUGUAAAACAUCAUAUAUAUGAUAAUGAUAAACAAUAUAUAUAUCGCAUCAAUAUUUAAAUCAAUAUAUC